ACAUGCAAAUGAUAGUACUUGUUGAAGCGUUGCCGAUGGGGGGUAAUGGGUUAUUAGGGGUUGAGGCGAUCGGUGCUCCGUCAGUGAGUUAAGACGGUGCUCGGUUUUCGGUUUGUUACCAUUUCUCCUUCUUUGUCAAGUGGAUAUGGAUAAUAAGGAUGGUAGUAGACUGUUUAUUGAGACCGAAAGAGGAAACAACUCGAACGCUUCAUCGCGAAGACCGAGCAACGAGAGCACCGGCAGUUUCAAUGGACCGUACGGCACCGACGAAACGGUCCCGAUCGCCUCGCUCUGCUCGUCGGUAUCGUCCGGCAUCCUCGAGAAGUCACGGUCUUUGGUCAACAUCAACAGGGGCCACAGGCAGAGCGAUUACGAUAGCGGACUGAAUGGCAUCGAGGAAAGUCCGCGGUUGUUCACGCAGCUACGGAGGGGAUCGCUGCAAGGCGACAAGACGAAUGGUGACAAGAAGCUCGGGAGGAAGUGCUCGGGCCAGCCGUCGCUGUAUCGCGACGCGUUCGGGCCGCAGAUGAGCAACGAGACGCUUCCCGCCCUACCGGGAACGCCGCUACCUUCGUUGGUGCAGGACAGUCCGGAUUUUGGGUUCUACACGACCGACCUUCCUCCACUGACACCUGUCAGUAUGGAUGAGGAUCUGGACCCGAACAGCCUCUUCUUCCGAGACGGAAAGCGACGCAUCGACAUGGUGCUCGUCUACGAAGAGGAGGACCUAGGCGUAAUGACCGAGGCCGAAGCGACCAGACGCGACCAGCGCAAAACAUUCCAGGAUAACCUAAUCCGCGACGGCCUAGAGCUCGAGCUCGAGCACAAGGACUUCUCCUACGACGGCAAGACGUGGUUUAUCAAGAUACACUUGCCGUGGCGGACGCAGAAUCGGUACGCCGAGGUGAUGGGUCUCAAGCUGCCGAUCAAGCGUUUCAUUACGAUCUCGGUGAGGGCCUGGGACGGCGAGAAGAAAGAGGACGAGCCCGAGACGUUCAUAUCCAGGUGGAAGCGGCGUUGGAGGCAGUUUUACGAGUACGACUACGCGAAGAUCGAGGAGACGCCCUCGUUCUAUUCGGCGACGAAAGGAGCAGAUCCUGAGGAGCAGUUCAUCGUGAAGGAUCGCGAGACCAAUUAUUCGUGCGCGCAGAGGAGCCUGAUCGUGAUGCAAAUUCUGCUGAGAGUUCGCUUCGAUGACACAGACAAGGUGGGGAUCAGGAGGUUGCUGAACGAUGGUACUUACAGCUCGUGCUUCCCGCUGCACGAGGGUGCCUGGGAGAAGGACGAGGGCGAUGGAGUUCCCACUGAUCGACGCUUGCUCUACGUUCACUGGGCUCGUCCAGGAUGUUGGCACAAGAAGCAACCUCUGUCGCUAACGAGAAAGUACUUCGGAGACAAGAUCGCGCUCUACUUCUGCUGGCUGGGCUUCUACACGAAGAUGCUGUACGCCCCGGCUGUUGUGGGCACCUUGUGCUUUCUGUAUGGGGUUUGCACCAUGAACGGAGAGGACAACAUCCCCAGCAAGGAGAUUUGCGACCCAAACGGAGCCGGUAACAUCACGCUCUGCCCCCUGUGCGACAAAGCCUGCAGGUACCAGAAGCUGGCCGACAGCUGCAAGUUCGCCAGGAUGACCUACCUGUUCGACAAUCCGGCGACGGUUUUCUUCGCGAUCUUCAUGAGCAUUUGGGCCACCCUCUUCCUGGAGCUUUGGCGAAGGAAACAGAGCAUGAUACAGUGGGAGUGGGACCUCCAAGGGACGGAACAAGACGAGGAACCUCGCUCAGAAUUCGAAACCAGCGUAAAGACCUUCAGGACCAACCCGGUGACUCGCGAGAAGGAGCCCUACCUGCCCGCGUGGUCCAAAUCCGUACGAUACCUGAUCACCGGGUCCGCCGUCUUCUUCAUGAUGGCAACCGUCAUGAUUGCGGUUUUAGGAACAAUCAUUUACAGACUGACCCUUGUGACCGUCAUUUACAGCAGCGGAGGUCCCCUGCUGAAGAAGCACGCCAAAAUUUUCACCUCGAUCACGGCCGCCCUCAUCAAUUUGAUCAUCAUUAUGAUACUGACGAAGUUUUAUCACAGGCUAGCCAUUUACCUGACGAACUUGGAAAAUCCGCGCACCCAGACCGAGUUUGAGGAUUCGUACAUUUUUAAGAUUUUCUUAUUCGAAUUUUUGAAUUUUUACUCGUCGUUAAUCUACAUUGCGUUCUUCAAGGGUAGAUUCUUCGAUUAUCCCGGGGAUCGAACGAGCAGGCGCUCCAUAUUUCUUCGAGUGAAAAAUGACGUCUGUGAUCCGGCGGGGUGCCUAAGCGAAUUGUGCAUCCAGCUCGCGAUUAUUAUGAUCGGGAAACAAAUUUUCAAUAACUUCAUGGAGUUGCUCAAUCCAAAAUUCUACAAUUGGUGGCGCCGAAGAAUGCACCAAUCAAACACUAAAGAUCUCUCGAGGCAGCACACACGAUGGGAACAGGACUAUCACCUGCAGGACCCAGGCCGUUUAGCCUUGUUCGACGAGUACCUGGAGAUGAUACUCCAAUACGGCUUCGUCACCCUCUUCGUGGCCGCCUUUCCACUGGCACCGAUCUGUGCGCUUCUGAACAACAUCGCCGAAAUCCGCCUGGACGCCUACAAAAUGGUGACGCAAGCGCGCCGGCCGCUAGCCGAACGCGCCGAGGACAUCGGCGCCUGGUACGGCAUCCUGCGGGCCAUCACCUAUCUCGCCGUCGUCUCAAACGCAUUCGUCAUCGCCUUCACCAGCGAGUUCAUACCAAGAAUGGUGUACAAGUACAGAUACUCCCCCAACGAGGACCUGGUCGGGUACAUCGACGCCUCGCUUUCGGUUUUCAACACGAGCCACUACGUCGAAGACAUGGGCGCCGACCUUGAAGGCCUCGAGCAUCCCCCAGCACUCUGCCAGUAUCGCGGCUACCGAAACGCACCGAACGAGACCAACCCUUACGGAUUUAGCUUGCAGUACUACCACGUCUCCGCCGCACGUCUAGCUUUCGUCGUCAUCUUCGAGCACAUCGUCUUCGCCCUCACCGGAAUCAUGCAGUACAUGAUCCCCGACGUUUCAUCCGAGCUCAAAACCCAAAUUCAGCGAGAGUGCCUGCUGGCGAAGGAGGCCAAGUACGAGCACGGUCUGAAGAGAGAUUACGACUACGACGACGUGAUCAACACGAUCAGGGACAACAACAACGCGUCGAGAAUGGAGAAGACCAUCGUACUUCGAGGUUCUUGGGCGAGGAGGUUGAGCAAGAUCUCCGACGGACUGGACGCUCACGUGAACAUCGAGGCGAAAGGGAAGCGAUCGGGUAACGCCACCGUUUGGGAGGUUACAUAACAGUAUCCCGAUUGAUUAAGUUAUUUGUAUAUAAGUUCUAGAGAUUUUCUAUUAUACAAUGUACAGUUCAAAAUAA